AUGACCACCUUAAACUACACUGUUGUAAGUCACACAGUCUUCCAUUUGCUGGGCAUCCCCGGCCUAGAGGACCAGCACAUGUGGAUUUCCAUCCCCUUCUUCAUUUCCUAUGUCACUGCCCUGCUUGGGAACAGCCUGCUCAUCUUCAUCAUCCUCACAAGGCCCANUCUCCAUGGACCCAUGUACCUCUUCCUCUGCAUGUUGGCGGGGGCAGACAUUGUGCUCUCCACAUCCACAGUUCCCCAGGCCUUGUCCAUCUUCUGGUUCCACGCUGGGGAGAUCUCCCUGGAUAGCUGCAUCACUCAGCUCUUCUUCAUCCACUCCACCUUCAUCUCUGAGUCUGGGAUCUUGCUGGUGAUGGCAUUUGACCGCUACAUUGCCAUUUGCUACCCGCUGAGGUACACCACUGUUCUCACAAAUUCGCUGAUUGGGAAAAUCGGAGUGGGCAUCUUUCUGAGAAGCUAUGGUACAAUUUUCCCCAUAAUAUUUCUUCUGAAAAGAUUAACUUUCUGCAAAAAUAAUAUUAUUCCACAUACCUUUUGUGAACACAUAGGCUUGGCUAAAUAUGCUUGCAAUAACAUCCGAAUAAACAUUUGGUAUGGGUUUUCUGUCCUAAUAUUAACAGUGGUCUUAGAUGUUGUGUUAAUUUUUGUUUCCUAUGUGCUGAUCCUCCGUGCUGUAUUCCGCAUGCCUUCCCAGCAUGCUCGCCACAAAGCUCUCAACACAUGCGGCUCCCAUGUCUGCAUCAUUAUCCUCUUCUACGGGCCUGGUGUCUUCACGACGCUUACACAGAGGUUCGGGCACCACAUCCCACCUCAUAUCCACAUCCUGCUGGCUAAUGUCUGCAUUCUGGCUCCACCCAUGCUGAACCCCAUCAUUUACGGAAUCAAGACCAAGCAAAUCCAGGAGCAGAUGGCUCAUGUCUUGUUUACAAACCACAAGUGA